AAUAACUCAUAUUUUAUUUUCACUCCAAUAAGAACCUUUUCUGUUCAAUUAUAUUUUAAUAUUACAGAGGAAGGCAAAAUUAAAAACGACAAAGGAGAUUCUGGAAUAGAAAAAUUAAAGGAAGUUCUAAGUCUUGGAAAGGAAAACGAAAUUGUCGAGCAUCUAAAUAAAAAUAUAAAACCAAAAAGCCCAGAAGAAAUUAAAACCCUUAAUGAAGACGCAAAGAGGGAAUUCAAUGGAGAAACAAUUUUACAUAUAGCUUUAAAGUUUCAGGAUACAAACAAAUUUGUAGAAGAAAUAUUAAAACAUAGUAAUGAGUUUUUGAAGGAACAAAGAAUUCAAAGCAGCAAUUUUAAAGGUCAGACAAUCCUGCAUGUUGCCAUAGCAAAAGGGAAUUUAGAGGCUGUCAAAAUAAUUCUUGAAAAUACAAAAAAUGAGGGAAUUCAAAAGUUGCUCUGUACAUGUGCAGUAGGUAGCAAAUUCAAGAACACCGUUUUAAUGGGACAGCUUCCUUUAAGUGUUGCAGCUCUUGCAUGUAAGGAAAAAGAUUUUCAAAUAAUCACUCAUCUUCUCCUUCAAAAGGCUAAAAUUUGGAACCAAAACGAGGACGGGGAUACUGUUUUUCACUCCUUAAUCAAAUAUGCUGAUAUAUAUCCUGAAAAGACCCAGCAUUUAAAAAAAACAUUCGAAUUCCUUUGGGAAAAGUUUAACGAAUACUGCCACGAUACUACAACAUCUCCAAAUCCAACAGAUAUUCUUUUCUGGAAGAAUAAGUCAGGCUCAACCCUGCUAUGUUUAUCUGCAAAACUUGGUGUCAAUGAACUUUUUGAAUUUGUUAUCAAUAUCCAGGAUGUCUAUCGCAUGACAAAUAUAAGGGAUGGUCUUUUCGACAUUAGAGAAUACGAUGUUACAGAAUUCGAUAGAUUGAUAAGUUAUACGGAAAAUGAAGAAAGUAAUAAGAAAAAUGAAGAAAAUAAAAAGAUAAUCACAGUUUUAGAAAGUUUAUUUGACUCCAGGUGUUCUCACAAAGAAGCAUUUCAAAUCCUGAACCAAGAAUUGGUACGGUUUAUUUUGCAAAGGAAAUGGAUGGCUUACCGGAAACCCCUUUUCAUUUGGAUGAUCCUUCAUUUAACAUUUAUUUCUUUGUUUACAGCAUCAUCUAUAAAAAAAUCUGAGAUUUUGUUCUGUCCCACGAACAGUGAGACAUCGCGUAACAUUGGUGAUUUUUUUUAUGCAAUGGUUGUUAUAACUACGACGGUUGGAAUAACUUACUUUAUAUUUGCUUUUUUGUGCAUUAUAACGUUAACAAAACGUUGUAAAUUGGUAUCACGAAAAUCUGUUAAUUUUGGAUUAAUGAUGCAUAAUUUGGACUAUAUAGUUUGUUUGCUGGUAACAGCCAUCAGUGCGCUGUUGGAGUCAUGUUUGAUUAUUCUCAAACUACACUGGGACUAUCACAUUGUUUUUGCAUUGAUAUCUAGCUGGUAUUUCAUGCUUUAUUUUUCUCCAUUUAGCAAACGCCUCGUUUCUUUUACACACAUGAUAAAAUCUGGGUUUCUAGAGGAUUUCUUACCUUUUGUUGUGGUUUUUGUAGGAUUGUUGUUUUCGUUUACAGCAAUGAUGUAUAUGCUUUUCCGUGGAACUAAUGAUGUAGACGAGUUUGAUACUUUUCCAAGCGCUCUUCUCACAAUGUUUAACCUAGGCGUAGGUCUGAAUGAUAUUGGCGUGCUAAGCCUGUCGCGGAUCCCGUGGCUAGCAUACACAUUAUUUGUAGUAUUUGUAAUACUUUCUUUCAUUCAUUUGUUUAAUGCGUUGGUUGCUAUUAUGUCCCAGACAUUUUCUGAUGUACACGGUGAUAGAAAUUCUUUUCUUAAAUACAACAAAUUAAAAAUGAUAGAACUAUUUGAAGACAUAAUUUUAGUUAAACCACUUGCAAAAUGCUUACCUUUCGUGUUAAAGGCAAAACACUGGACACGGGAAAAGGAAGUAAAACUAUCAACUCCGACAACAGAUAAUGCAAAAGAACAGAAAAUGAAACGAUAUUGUUCGGAACUUCACUUGUUGGAUAAAAUGGAUGAAUACAAUGACGACAAGGAGGAAAAGAAAAGAUUAAGUAAAUCAAGAAUGGGGGAUUUGACAAAAUAUUUGUAUAACUAUCAACAUGUCAGUAAAAAGAAGACCACAGAUCUGCAACGAUCCAGCAAAAUCAACCCUGAAAGGGAAGUAAUAUUCAUUGUGCAAAAAACUAGCAAGUCUUCUCAAUACCCAGAGGUGAAUUCAUAUUUGGAAUAAAAUAAUUUUUGACCGAGUGUAUACUUUAAUAUGUAAAUUACAUGUAACAGCUUCAAAUCUGUUAAACGCUCCACAUCGUCUCGAUUACAUAACUGCUGUAUUUGACUUUGUUAAAAUCUGCACAGUUUUUACAAUAUCAUAAAAAAUUCAUUCUAAAAAAUGUUCUUGCCUUUUGCCUUGAUAAAUUUAAUGUGUUUGUAGUUUAAUGGUUCUCUUUUUUCUCAUAUCAAAUUCGAAAAAAGAUAAGCAUAAAAAUG